AUGGCCUGCCUUGUUUCUCGGGAAGGCCAGCCUGUGCGGCCGCGGCCCUCGCACUGCGGCCUGCCGCGGUUCGUCCUCUUGGACCGGCCGUUUCCGGGGCCCUCGGCCCGGCUUCCGCUCCACGACCCCCCUUUCUGCUUUGCAGCCCUGGACCAGCGCCGCGCUGCAUGGGGACCUGCUGCAUGGGGACCGAGGCGUGGCCUGGGUGUGGCCUCGCUCCUGCAGUCCAGGGACAGGAAAAUCUUGUUGACCCGAAGGACUCGCAGCCGUCCCUCAUGGCCUGGCUUUCUUGCAGGUGGGCAGGUGGAGCUGGAGGAGGAGCUGCUCGAUGGAGGGCUGCGAGAGCCGCGGGAGGAAAGCGGACUAUGUCUUCCCCAUGGCCAGUUCUCUUCCCCUCUGGGGUUGUGGGAGUCCACCAAACAGCCCUUGCUGCCCUGGCCACCGGGAAUACCCAGGUUUCACCCUAAAUCUCUCUUUACGCAAGUGUCAUAAACACUGCUGCUCAUCUCCCCGGAGUUCCAGCAGCAGCUGCAGGCCAGAAUCCAAGCAGACCCACAGAAGGUGAGUGCCAUCACAUGGCUGGAACCAGAUGUGGCAGCUGCGGUCAGCGAGCUCUCUCCCAGAGGACCUGCCACCCUAUGUCCUAUUUGA